AUGGGAGAUUUACCUGAAUCUCGCGUUAGUGUCUUCAAGAGACCCUUUGAAAAAUGCGGAGUCGACUAUGCAGGUCCGAUGUAUUAUAAAGAAGGGCAGCGUAAAAAUUCGCGAUUAGUCAAAUGUUUCAUUUCUAUAUUUGUAUGUUUUGCGGCAAAGGCGGUACAUAUAGAAUUAGUUGGCGACCUUACUACGGAGACUUUUUUGAAUGCGCUGAAACGAUUUAUUUCCCGAAGAGGUCGACCAAGUGACAUUUACUCUGAUAAUGGCUUGAAUUUCGUCGGUGCUGAGCAUCAACUUAGCGAACUGUACGACAUUCUCAAUGAUGAUAAGUCAAGAAGAAAAAUAAUUGAAAAUACAAGCGGUGAACGUAUAAACUGGCAUUUCAUUCCACCGAGGGCCCCACAUAUGGGAGGGCUUUGGGAAGCAGCAGUAAAGGCCGCAAAAUUUCAUAUUAAACGCAUUAUCGGAGAGGCUUCAUUGCGCUACGAUGAAUUCUUGACACUAUUAGUACAGAUUGAGGCCAUUCUCAACUCGAGACCGCUUACUCCAUUAUCAGCGGAUCCAAACGAUCUGUCAGUUCUCACAGCAGCGCAUUUUUUGAUAGGUUGUCCUAUCACGUCGUAUCCAGAAGCAAGUCUGGAAGGAUUAAAUGAGAAUCGAUUAACAAGAUGGCAACGCGUCGAACAAUUACGCCAACAUUUUUGGAGGCGAUGGACCAAAGAAUAUUUACAUAAUUGUCAGCAACGGAGCAAGUGGAACACGGUUGGAGUUCCUGGUGACAGUAGGACAAUUAGUAAUAGUGCAAGAAGACAAUUUGCCUCCGUUAGUCUGGGCUUUAGGUCGGAUUGA